UCGGGCGACCCCGCAUCCCAAAACGUGCGCACCCUUGUCUCCGGGCGGGACUUCCUUUCUGUUGCGGAUGCGAUAUCAGAGUGAGCCGACAGAAAGGGCUUGGUCCGGGUAUCACUGGUGUAUCUGUGCGGCUCUGGACAGCAGACAACCGGGCUGACGACGCUGCUGAAGCCCCGUAGAUGAGCCUCCUCCCCGGCUAUGCUGCCCUGAACGCACCGCGAGUAUGCGUCCCGCCAACAUGUCUGAAGUCAACAAGACUAUUCAGAAAUGGCACGCCAGUUUUAGCAAAGGCACAGACUUUGACUCGUGGGGACAAUUAGUGGAGGCUAUAGAUGAGUACCAAAUUUUGGCGAGACAACUGCAAAAAGAGGUGCAGUCAACAAAUGCAUCCGACUUCACCGAGGAGCAAAAGAAAACUUUAGGAAAGAUAGCAACAUGUCUGGAGAUGAGGAGUGCCAGUUUGCAGUGCACACAGUCAAAGGAGGACUUCAAGUUAGAAGAGCUGAAGAAACUGGAAACCAUUAUUCAAAAUAUUUUGACCUACAACAAAGAAUUUCCCUUCGAUGUGCAGCCAGUGCCCUUAAGGAAAAUCCUGGCUCCAGGUGAAGAGGAGAACCUGGAGCUGGAGGAGGAAGAGGAUGCUGCAGCAGGAGCCGGUUCUACAGAAGCUUUUCCUCCGAGAGCCCCCGCUUCGCAAGGUACCUUGUUGCCACGGUUACCCUCAGAGCCUGGGAUGACACUACUUACACUAAAGAUAGAAAAGAUUGGGUUGAAGGAUGCCGGGCAGUGCAUCGAUCCGUACAUGACCAUCAGUAUCAAAGAUUUGAACGGCAUAGAUGUGAACCCUGUGCAGGACACACCUGUGGCCUCCAGGAAGGAAGAUACCUACAUUCACUUCAGUGUGGACGUAGAGAUCCAGAGACAUGUGGAGAAACUACCAAAAGGAGCAGCUAUCUUCUUUGAAUUCAAGCACUACAAACCUAAAAAGAGGUUCACCAGCACUAAAUGUUUUGCCUUCAUGGAAAUGGACGAGAUCAAACCCGGGCCCAUCGUCAUCGAACUGUACAAGAAGCCCACAGACUUCAAGAGGAAGAAACUGCAGCUUCUGACAAAGAAACAACUCUAUCUCCAUCUUCAUCAGACAUUACACAAGGACAGCUAAGUGGCAGCUCAACCCGGACUUUGAACCACUUUUCUUUUUUUUUUUUAAAUCUCUCAACAGCCAAAAAAAACCGUGGUGCUCCACCUCAUCAGCUCCAGCAAUACCAUAUCAAGGUUGUAGUGGUUUGUUUUCUCUAUGAGUGUAUGAAGAAAGUAAAGGGAGUCAAAGAUCAGUCACAUCAGCUCAGACUAUUCUAGUGCAUAUAACUUCUGUUACAGGAAACCCUUCUCCAAAAACUCCAAAAACCUUAAAUUAUGUUUUUAGACUGGUUGGAGAUAGAGGGUUUUCAUAUUACGAAGGGUUAUGUUAAACCACCUUAACUUAACGGUCUUCCUUAUCUCACAGAUUUUGGGAAAAACUUGGGACACAAUGUGAGUUAUUGCAGGUGCUCCGUUAAUGUCACUAUUUUAUGUUUGUGCUGCUGGAUUUUGGUCUCUCAAGGUAAAUUUAGCUAAACAUUAAAAGCAAUUUGGGGAAAUUAUAGCACAGUUUGCUAAGCCACUCCCCUGAAUAAAAAAACAUGCAUCAUAGUCCAGAAUGGUUUGUGUGUGCCGUAAUUAGACUUAAUUAAUUAAAACUUUUAUUGUUUUAUUCGUAAUAACUAAGUAGAGCAAUUUGAAAGCUAUUACAAACUGUUUAAUAAACUUGGCAUUACAUCAAUCAAGGUAAAAAUUCCCUAAUAAAUAAUUCACCUUUAUUUAUUAUUGCUUAAAAGGUUAUUAAAUUAAACUUUAGGUUAAUUCAUUUACCAGUGUGUGUAUACAGCACCAUCUCACCAUUUCUUUGUUGUCUGCUUAAACAUUUACAAUUUCCAUUGUGUGCUUUUUUUAAAUAUUAACUGACCUUUCACAUUAGUCAUUUAUUGUUAAUCUUUUCUUUUUUUUUUUUACAUUAAAUCAUAAAUGAUAAAUUAAUUUUAUACAUAUUUAAAUAAUAUCAAAUACUAAAAUAGUCAAAUUGUCCUGGUGGCACACUCUCAUGGUUAGUUGUUUAGUCACAGACAGUAUUAGAUUCAGCAUUCAUAAUAUUAAAUGGUGAAAUUAUAGGUUUAAAUACACAGUAAUGCUCUGACCAUUUUUAGAGUAAUCAUUUUUAAAAGUUGUGCUGGCUUUGUUUGGAAUAUAUCACAAGUAUGAUUUCUAUAAACUCAGCAAAUGUUUGUUUUAGCCCUACUUAACUGACAGUUUCAACAUUUCAGUUCAGUGUUCACGCCUCAGUAUGUGUUGGAUUUAGUUUAUCACACGGUUUUAUAUGGUUUUAUAAAUGCAUAAAGAGUUCAGUGGAAGCA